AUGCGUGUUAUCCAAAUUCCACAUUCCUUACUGGAUUUUCUCCGUGCAUCAUCAUUCUAUACGGAGGUUCCAGUUGUUCUACUGAUGUCUGAUAUUUUAAAGGGGGAUGUUAACUGUUCUGCAUUACUGCGAUUCUCUGAAGUUGUUACUCUUUUCCAUGAAUUUGGCUAUGUGUCAUUGGCUCGCAUGAACAAGAAGGACUCGUGGCUGUUUUGGUGGAGCCUUUAUCUUACCGCUGCUUUGUGGAUCAUUCUCGGAGUAUUUUCUCUGAUACGUUUUCAAGCUGAUUAUCUCCUUGUUGUAGCAGUGUGUUUGUCCCUCAGCAUUGCAAACAUUGUUGGCUUUACUAAAUGCCGCAAAGGAUACAUAUUAUUUGGGGGCAGCUGUUUGGCUGUUGUUGGUGCUUUUCAAUUCCUUGCCUAG